GUCCCGGUGCCCGGCGACGGGAGGAGGGGGCGGGCAACAUCUGUUGCCUGGGUGAAUUCAUUAAGACGUUAGCAUCCAGCUAGCUAGCUUGUAGCGCCAGGUAGCUAGCGUUACCACACCGGAAAUCACGAAUGUCAACCCUCCACCGCCGUGGCCAGCGCUCUGCGUGGUUCUGCCGUCGGUACCCGGCCCGGGCCGAGCGACGCACCACGGAUAUCGCAUAAGGAGACGGAGGUGCAGGGAUGGGUCCGGUGUGAGGCUCUGCAGCUAGCUGGCUAGCUUCUUCCUGAAGAGCGAGCGGAGCCUGGCGCUAGCCAACAUGGACGGUCUGAUUCACUCACACCGGUAACGACGAUGAGCCCGCUGCAGGGGUAAGACGCAAGAAGGCCAGAGAGAUCAUGGAGUCGUUCCUCCAGAUCGCCCCGCACUCCUUGGCCAUAGUGCUGUCCAGGCUCGGGACGGGGGACGCGGUGGUGCCGGCUGGCGUGUCCGAGAGCGACGACCUGCCGAGGCACCACACCGGCUACGAGAUCUUCGCCGACUUCAAGGCGGAGAACACGCAGCGGCACGUGUGGAACCAGCGGAUCACCGAGGCUGUGUCCGAGACCUUCUUCCUGGGCUGGAUCGACGAGCACGUGCUGCUGAUCCAGGGGAAGGAGGACCACCUGGAGGUGCUGAGGGAGGAGUGGAUGCGGAGGUCCCUCAACCCCCCGCGGGGAUUCACCAUCAAAUACCUCGGUGAUGUGUCACCCAUCAGUAUGUCCCCUAUCAGCCAAUCGCAGUUCAUCCCUUUGGGAGAGGUAUUGCUAUUGGCUAUCUCCGCUAUGAACUCUGCCCAUAAGACUGUCACUCAGGAGGCCCUAACUGAACACCUGCAGACAUGUUUUCCAGGUGUUCCUACACCAUCGGAGGAGGUUCUGCAUCACACAUUAAGUAUGCUGGUCCAUGAACGGAAGAUCUACCCAACACCAGACGGAUAUUUUAUUGUAACCCCUCAGACUUACUUUAUCACACCGAGCCUAAUCCGAACGAGCUCUAAGUGGUACCACUUAGAUGAAAGAUCCAUCGACAGACACCAGCAGCAGCAGCAAAUUCAGAGCCAACAGCAGCAUCAACAGACGCAGUGCACCUCCCCUCUCUCUGGCACCAUCACCCCAUCCACCUCUGGAGGUGUGCGAGAUAGAACACACCCAAAGUCCAGCCAGAACCACAGCGGGGGAGGUGGGGAUUCUUUUUACAACAACACUUACCGUGGAGACGACCCUCCAAGCCACCACACUACUCUACAGCGCCGAUCCCCAAAAGACCUUCGGGAAUUGCACUCGUCCCUACACUCCCCACAAACACCUCCCCAGCAAACAGGGGGCGGCACAGAAAAGAACCGCAGCACCCUCGGGUUCACCUUCAAGACGGACACGUUAACCAAGCACCGAGGAGGUGGAGGCAAUGGGGGAGGAGGAACUGCAGAUAUAGAGAAACAGGCCAGCGGAGGAAGUGGUACAGGCAGUAGGAAGUUUGGUUUGAAGCUGUUCCGUCUGAGCUUUAAGAAGGAUAAGACCAAGCAGUUGGCCACCUUCUCAGCACAGUUUCCCCCUGAGGAGUGGCCGCUUCGUGAUGAGGAGGUGCCAAGCCAGCUGCCACGUCAUGUAGAGAUGGAGAUCAUCCGCAGAAUCAACCCUGACCUUACCAUGGAGAACCUUGCCCGACACACAGCGGUCAUGAAGCGCCUCGAAGAAGAGCGUGCUCAGAGGAGCAAAGCCUCAUCAGCUAAUCAGAGCUCUAGGAGUAGGAGAAGUGGGGGUAGACACAGGAAGCAGCCCCAGACCAAAUUCAGCCGCUCACAUAGCAAAACAAGGGUAUCCCGUGGUGAGGCAGGUGACGCUUCCCACCUAGAGCAGGCAGACAGGGAUUAUAGAGUCUACUCAUCAUCAUUGGCUAGGUCACCAAGGGAACACACUCUGGCCAUGGAGCGACAGCGGGCCCGGCUUCAUCUGGCACAUAGCAACCCUAACAUUCUUGAUGCCUCCCACCUGCCUGUUACACCGGAAUGGGAUGUGUCUGGAGAGCUUGCCAAGCGCCGCACAGAAAUGCCUUUCCCCGAGCCAAGCCAUGGACCAUCAGCCCACCACUCCAAAGUACACCGCUCACACUCCCACACCCAGGAGAGAAAGUCCAGAAAUGAACGGAGUGACAAGGCCAAGGAACGUUCCAGAUCCAUGGACAAUUCCAAAGGACCGCUUGGAGCAGGGUUGAUUGGACCACCUGAUUAUUAUGACGACCGGAGCCGUUACUAUACUGAUGAUGGCACCCUGCGAGCCAAUCAGAGCUUUUCUCACUACUCUCGUGCCACACACCCGUCAACUAAGCAUCUUGGGGAUGCUCUGGGGUUAGAUGGUGGGAGGAGCUUAGAGAAGAAUAAGUGCAGGGACAGCCUGCCAGCAUACUCCCCAAAACCACUGCCCAAGCCUGCUUCUGAUGAUUACUUCCAGUGCUCUGGUUCCUCUGAGGCUGUUCUCAUAGGAGCAAACCCACAGGGGACUCUGGCCAAAAGUAGCCAUGAUGGAUUAAAAGUAGGCAACACUGACAGGCAAACAGACAGACAGACGCCCCUUUCCUCAGAAAAUAAGGAGGACUUAAAGGUGGGACCUAAAGGUAGCAGCCUGCCUCCCAUACCUCUCACUAUCCCUGACCCACCCCUUCCAAAUGGACGACUCCCCCAUAGUGCCUCCACUAGUCAGGAGAAACGUAAGGAGAUCUUUAGUAAAGACACUCUCUUCAAACCUCCCCCUAGCCUACCUUUACCUGGCUACAGUUCCCUGAGAAAACCCCCUACCGUUGCCUGUUCUACUCAGUCCUCAUCAUGCGAUGCACUUGAUUCCCAGGAGGCCUUUGAUGCUCCAAAACCUCUGAUUGCCACACCAUCUGCCCCCCCACAGGGGAUUGCACCCUCUACCAGUGCUGCAGAGGCGUCCUUCGACUAUUACAACGUCUCAGAUGACGAUGAACUUGAGGAAGGUGAUACUAAAAGUCGAAGAGAGGAUGAGAAGGCUGGAGGAGGCAUUGUUGGGAUGGUAGGGGGUGGAGCAGGCACCAUGCAGUGGCUGUUGGAGAGAGAGAAGGAGAGGGACCUACAGCGAAGGUUUGAAAGAACCCUCACCUUCCCUGGUGCUAAAGAGAACCUUCCAGAAUCCAGUCAAAUCCAGCAGUCAGUACAUUCUGCUAGACUGGACAGUAUGGACUCCAGCUCCAUCACGGUUGACAGUGGAUUCAAUUCACCAAGAACAAGGGAGAGUCUAGCGUCCAACACCUCUUCCAUAGUGGAGAGUAAUCGUCGACAGAACCUGGCACUGAGUCCUGGAGACCUCAGCAUCGCUACUGGCAACGGUCCCCCCUUCUCCUUCCGUACCAUCACAGAACCUGCCGGCACCCAACCAGAGAAACUCCAGAAGCCCAAUGCCUGCCUUGCAUCAAUCACCAGUGUCUAGGGUCAGAACUAAGGGCUGGUUGGACGCUGAGAGCCAAUGGACGGGGGCCACAAAAUAAAAGUUCCAACCCCAAGGACUGUUACACCUUUAGACAAACCGACUGAAACAGUGGACCUGCCAAAGGCCCACUGUGGAACUAUAGCUGUUCUCACACACACACACACAUAGUGAGGACACUCAUUGGCAUAAUUCAUUCCCUAACCCCUAACUAUCACAACUAAAUGGCCAUCCCUGACCUAAACCCAAGUCUUAACCCUCAAACAGCCCUUUGAAAAGGUGAGGACUGGCCCAAAUAUCCUCAAUUUCCCAAAAUGUCCUCACUCUGUUAGGUCUAUGCUCAAAAUGGUCCUCACAAAGAUUCAAGUACAAGUACACACACACACAUACACAUGACCACUGGGCAGACAUGUCAUUCUGCAGCCUCUAGUUUACACACUGCUGUCGUGUUGUUUCACUUACGUGUGUGUGCAGGUUAUAUUUGUAUGAUCUGUAAUCUCAGGUCAUUUUUCCACUCCCAUUCCAGCUGCUCCAGAUCAGUACAUCUCACCUGCAAUGUGUCCUGGUGUACGAUCGGAAGAGAUGCUGCUCUGCUGACUAGCGUUACUGAUACUCACACUCACUAUUCCAACUCCCUAUUAGCCAUUAGUUCCUCUCUAACAUGAAUCAUCCGUCCAACAGCACGAGGUGGUUAAACCUGCCCUCUGUAGAAUGAAUGUGAGCACUUGUUCUGUCUGUUGGAUGUAUGAUGUGUGGACACCAUCUCCUCCUCCAGGUGUGGUGACUGUUACAGUCUGAGCUGCAGCUCCAGCUCCAGGGAUUAAUUCAUUUGGAACUUUACUGCUCAUGUCCAGCAGAUGCAGCUGCAUCAUGUUGAAGCGUUCUGUCAGACGCCACUCCUCCGUUGUCAUGUUUGUUGACACGUGUUUUCUCCACCGUACUAAUGUAAUAGGCCAGGUGUGUUUUGAAUAAACCAAUACGACUUUA